AAACCAGCAUCUUUGUCUGUCUGCUGCAGGAUCUCCAGUUGAUGGGAUGAUGGUGCCACCAGCAGACAGCAGCGCCUUCAGCCCGCUGGUGGUUCUGGAGCUGCUUCCUGAUACCAAGCAGGAGGCCAUCACAUGGCUGCUGGGCAGGAUCCGAGAGCCGCAGGAGACUGGAGGUGCCGGCUUACUGGUGGAGCAGCUGGGUCCUGGACUGGGAGCUGUGGAGAAGGAGAAUCCCAACUUGUUUCUGGUAGGCGCCUCCAGGGAGCGGCUGCUGUCUGGUGCUGAGGAUGUUGGCCUCUUCAAGGAGUACAGCGACGGCUCCAUGCGAGGCUUCACCUGCUCCAACAAACAGCACUUCAAGGACUUCCAAGGGGACGGAGACGGCUUUCUGAGCAUGGCUGAGUGUCAGCACAUCAUCAAACAUGAGCUGGACACGCUGCGGGCCAAAGACGAGACGCACGUCCCAGGAUACAGCCACGCCAAGCUUUACCCGGGGAAAUCCAUCAUCCGCAGAUUGCUGUCCAAAGGGAUCCUGAUCCAGAUGUUUCCACUCCACCAGCCAGAGGAGCUCAAGAGACUUUCCUUUUCCUGGUAUAAAAAAGUCAAGCUGUCGCUUCAGCCUCUCGAUGACAUCAGACGGUACUAUGGCGAGGGCCAGGCGCUCUACUUUGGCUUCCUGGAGUACUUCACCUUUGCCCUGGUUCCUAUGGCUCUGUUUGGAGUUCCUUACUACCUGUUUGACUGGGAGGAUUAUGACAAAUAUGUAGUCUUUGCUGGUUUCAACGUCAUCUGGUGCACCAUCAUCCUGGAGCUAUGGAAGAGAUGCAGCGCUUCGCUCGCCUACCGCUGGGGCACGCUGAGCAGGAAGAAGGCCUUUGAAGAACCUCGACCCGGUUUCCACGGUGUCCUCGGUUUCAACCCUGUGACAGGACGGGAGGAGCCGCUGUAUCCCAAUGCCAAGCGACAGCUGCGCAUCUACCUGGUGUCCCUGCCCUUUGUCCUGCUUUGUCUCUACCUGUCUCUGUACGUCAUGAUGAUCUACUUCCAGAUGGAGGCCUGGGUGCUGUCCAUCCACGACCAGGAGCCUUCGUUCUGGACGGCAGUGCUUCUUUUCAUCCCCAGCAUCAUCUACGCUGUGGUGAUAGAAGCCAUGAACCUGGUCUACAGAUACGCUGCAGAGUUCCUCACAGAAUGGGGUAAGACGCUCAGAUGUCCCUGA